UGAACAUUAUCACCUCUUAACUACUUUGUUUUCACAUCUCUGGACAAUUAAAAUGGCCAGAAAAUCUGAAAACCAGAUAGAAUUUAAUAUCCACCGCAAGAAAUGGAGCUCUGGAAAAUCCGUUACUACAAUAUUCUGAAAUCAAUUUUGUUUCUGAAUUUUAUCAUUUGUGUGAAUUCUCAGAUUCGAGAUGGGUUCUGGUACGGCGACAAAAUCAACAAAUCACAAUCAAUAUUAAUCGAGGCUUUCUUCGAUCCAGUUUGCCCUGACACUAGAGAUUCAUGGCCGCCUCUCAAGAAAGCUCUCCAUCACUACGGUUCUCGUGUUUCUCUUGUUGUUCAUACUUUCCCCUUGCCUUACCAUGACAAUGCAUUUAUUUCCUCGCGCGCGUUGCACAUUGUCAAUAAGUUGAAUUCUUCUGCCACAUACAGAUUACUGGAGGCUUUCUUUGAUCAACAGGAUAAGUUUUAUGGCCAAGCAACUUUCAACUUGUCCAAAGCAUCUGUUGUAGAUGAAGUUUCAAAAUUUACAUCCAAUGCAAUUGGGAAUUCGAAUUACACUGCUAUAAAGGCUGGAUUUAAUGACCCCAAAACUGAUCAAGCAACAAGAAUUUCCUUCAAGUAUGGUUGUGUAAAAGGCGUAUAUGGGGCGCCGUUUUUCUUCGUAAACGGGUUUCCUCUGCCUGAUGCUGGCUCACCAUUGGACUACAAAACAUGGAGAAAUACCCUUGAUCCAUUGAUUUCACCAGAAGGACAAUUAAGAACUGAAAAUUUGCAUUUCUCCUUGUGAAUUACUGAUCUUUUAGUCUCCAAUUGUAUCUGUACUCUUAUCACCUAAUGUCUUGAGCUAGAGAGACAAAUUAAACUCAUUUUUCUUAUGUUUAUAGAUAUAGUGACAAAAUAUUUAUGGCUU